AUGGCUAAAGCUAUUCCUCGUAAGUUGAAGGUACGCUUUUUCUUCAAGUUGAGUUGAAUUUUCUAUUAUCUUACGAGUGUUUCAGAUCGAGCACUCAAAUUUUCUUAAAAUUUUGCGUGCGGGUUCUGAACUAGCCGAAAUUCCUGAAAGUUUUAACUCGCACUUUCCGGCAGUUGGCGAGAUAUUCGAAUGUUGUUUCCGAGAAAACACGCGAAAUAAGGAGAGUCGGCCAGACGGGAAACAGUUUUUGCCUAUAACUUUUUCGGCGACAAGCACUGUGAGAAAAAAAGAAAAAAAAAUGUACGUUGCACUGUGCAAUUUUUUGCUUUUUGCACCGUGCAGUUGGUUUUUUUGGGCUCUCGCUCGCACCCUGAAUUUUUUCGCACAGUGCAAAAGCCAAGAAUCACUCCAACGGCAUUGCUAACAGAGUGUUAAUAAUUGGGCUUGAAAUUUUCAAGCCUAUAAUCUCACAAAUUGCAAAGUGAAGAUUUUUUUCACUGCAAAAAAUAAUUAUUUGAUGAUUCAAUAGUGACAUUUCGUACGAUUGUAGCGAAAAAAGUCAAAAAUCUGUCCAAUUUCACUGUCCAUUUUCCACGAAGCCUAUAUAUGGAUCGGGCUUUAUAAAUUUCAAAAGUGAAUCCAGCAAAAAGUGCAAAAUUCAGUCCAAAGUGCCACUUUGGACUGAAAUCGCCAAAUAAAGUUUGUUUUCCAAACAAAUUGCACUUGUUUGCUUGGAUUUCUUGGUUUUGUCCACCGUCCAAAAAGUGAACAAAGGAUGGACAAAAAACGGCAAAUUUAGUCCAAAGAAAAACUGGCUCGUUUCAAUCAAAAUUUUCGCAUAAGUCACUUUAAUUUUAUUUCAUUCAAUUUUUGUGGUCCCUAAUCAUUGUUCCAAUACGUAACUAUCGUAUAAAACAAGUACUGGGCAAACCAGGCCUAAUCUGAAGUCUAGCGCCUCUUUUUUGCGAUUUUCGGUUGAAAAGUUAUAUUGUACUAGGCAAACUAGGUCAACUUUGAUGUCUAAGGCCCGUUUUUUGCGAUUUUCGGUUGAAAAAUUAUGUUGUACUAUGCAAACUACGUAAAAUCUGACGUCUACCGCCUGUUUUUCGGUUGAAAAGUUAUAUUGUACUAGGCAAACUAGGUCAACUUUGAUGUCUAAGGCCCGUUUUUUGCGAUUUUCGGUUGAAAAAUUAUGUUGCACAAGGCAAACUACGUCAAAUCUGACGUCUACCGCCUGUUUUUCGGUUGAAAAAUUAUAUUGUACUAGGCAAACUAGGUCAACUUUGAUGCCUAAGGCCCGUUUUUUGCGAUUUUCGGUUGAAAAAUUAUGUUGCACAAGGCAAACUACGUCAAAUCUGACGUCUACCGCCUGUUUUUCGGUUGAAAAAUUAUAUUGUACUAGGCAAAACAAUUCAAAUUUUCUUAAAAACAGUAUAAAACUUACAUUACCCGAGGUGUGGCGAGACAACACAACACACAACUAAAAGCCGGAAAUUAUUGCAGUCGUUUUCCUGCCGAACUCACGUACUGAAACCGGAAAUCAGAGAGAUCACGAAAAUUGGCAGAAUUUUCUUGGCAUUUCGUUUAAAACGAGAAUUUCUAUAGACGAAAAUCGACCAUUUCAUGUCCGAACAAGAAGAACGACUGUGUUGUCUCGCCAUACUUCGGGUAAUGUAGGUUUUAUACUGUUUUUAAAGAAAAUUUAAAUGUUUUGCGUAGAAAAAUAUAAUUUUUCGACCUAAAAGCAGGCGGUAGACGUCAGAUUUGACGUAGUUUGCCUUGUGCAAUAUAAUUUUUCAACCGAAAAUCGCAAAAAACGGGUCCUAGACAUCAAAGUUAACCUAGUUUGGUUAGUACAAUGUAAUUUUUCAACCGAGAAUCACAAAAAACGGGCCCUAGACAUCAAAGUUGACAUAGUUUACCUAGUACAAUAUAAUUUUUCAAUCAAAAAACCAGGUGUUUAAGUCUAAUUUUACCGAGAUUGCGUUGCUAGGAUAAGAAAAAUCUAAACAGGCGAUCGUGCAAAAAAAUUUAGCUUCAUUGAGCACAAAUUCGUCCCUUGGUCCCCCCUUACCACUUUUUUUACACCCCCUCGACGAAAAAUUAAAAUUUGUCAAAUUCAGUUUUUUCGACAAACCAAAACCUUAAAACUCAGUCCGUUCCUUGGACAAAUCACAAAAAUCCAUGGAAAUGUGGUCGUGCAAACUGAAUUUGCAGAUUUUAGUCCAACGCGUGGACAUAGGUUGGCGAAGGCUCGCCCAAAUGGACUUUAUUUGGCGAUUUCAGUCCAAAGUGGCACUUUGGACUGAAUUUUGCACUUUUUGCUGGAUUCAUUUUUGAAAUUUAUAAAGCCCGAUCCAUAUAUCGACGGUUUCCGGAAAGCACGAGAUAGGAAUCUGGCAAAUUUUUGUCUUGUUAGAAAAUUAUGCUCCAAACUUUGUUGAUUCAAUCCCUGAAAACUCAAUUUUUAGAUACUUUGUUUGCACGGCCAUCAUCAGAAUGCUGCCAGAUUCCGUGAGAAAACAGGAGGUUUUAGAAAGGGACUUCAGUCACAAGCCGAGUUUAGUAAGUUGCGCCUGAUGUGAUUUUAAAUUCUGUUUAGCAUUCAUCGAUUCCCCCAUACAAGAAGGUCUAGAACCACCCGCAGAAGGCUCCGAGGAGACUCAAACAUGGUUUACAACAAGUCCAGAACGCACUUAUUGGAGGGAAAAGAUCACCGGAAUAUACGAUGGCUCUUUUGAGAAGAGUGUAGAUUUUUUGAGGAGUUUUAUAAAGGAGAAUGCAAGUUUAGUUACUGUUUCGAUUUAAAUUUGGGUACUCGUUGUUAACCGUCAGCAAUUUCCAGGGUCCUUUUGACGGGAUAUUAUCUUUUUCACAAGGGGCUGCCUUCUCUCAUGCAAUUCUAUGUCAAGGGGAAUGGAACCUCAAGUUUAUUAUCUAUUGUUGCGGGUUUAUUGCGUAUAACGCCUCUCGCAAUGUCAAAAAGGAAACCAUAACCGGAAUAAGGACUUUCCAUUGCAUAAAUAAAGAUGACAAGGUAAGAAUAUGUUCUUAAACAAACGUGUUUUGUAAUUUAGGUGAUCCCCAAUGAUCUCAGUGAAGAAUUGGCGAGUGUUUUUGAUGACCCUAAAGCAAUUGUCAAACACUAUGAAUGUGGACACUGUAUUCCUCCAAUAAAACUUUGCAAGAGUGAUUUGAUUGAGUUCUUUAAUGAGAUUCGCAAUCAGAUUAGUAAUGAAGAGGAGAAUGGGACAGCGUAA